AUGGCAAAAACUACUUGUGAAAUAAUAUGGAUUCAUGGUCUAUUAAAGGACCUGGGCGUGACUAUCUCAGAAGCAGUUGAGCUCUACUGUGACAAUAAAGCAGCAAAAGAUAUCUCUACUAAUCCAGUGUUUCAUGAAAGAACUAAGCAUAUAGAGAUCGACUGCCACUUUGUGAGAGACAAGAAAUCUGGACUAAUUCAUCUUUUACCUAUUUUUCGUGGUUUUGUAGGUGAAGAUCCUCAUAAACAUUUGAAAGAAUUUCAUGUGGUGUGCACCGGAAUGAAACCGAAUGGAGUAACCGAAGAACAAAUCAAGAUGAGGGCUUUUCCAUUUUCUUUGAAAGAUGAUGCGCAAGAUUGGUUGUAUUAUCUACCUGCUGGAAGUAUCACUACUUGGCAUGAGAUGAAAAGAUUAUUUCUACAGAAAUUUUUUCCAGCAUCAAGAGCAGCCAGCAUAAGGAAAGAAAUUUGUGGCAUUAGGCAGCAGAGUGGAGAGUCUUUAUACGAAUAUUGGGAGCGCUUUAAAAAACUUUGUACAAGUUGUCCACAUCACCAAAUUAGUGACCAGCUGCUUAUCCAAUAUUUUUACGAAGGACUUUUAUCGAAUGAGAGAAAUAUGAUUGAUGCAGCAAGUGGUGGAGCAUUGGCUGACAAAACACCUAAAGUAACCCGAAAUUUAAUUGUAAAUAUGGCGUCAAAUUCACAACAAUUUGGGAAUAGAUUAGACCAUUCGUCUCGACGCGUCAAUGAGGUAAGUGUAUCUUCUCUUGAAAGCCGACUAGAUGAUCUAACUAUUCUUGUACGUCAAAUGGUUGUAGGAAAAAUAGAGGUAGCGAAAGUUUGCGGAAUCUGUUCGGUAGGAGGACAUCCAACUGAUAUGUGCCCAACACUUCAGGAGGACUGCUCUGAACAUGCUAAUGUAGUGGGCGGAUUUUUAGGACAGCAGCAGCGAAAUCAUAAUUAUAAUCCCUAUUCAAAUACCUACAACUCCGGUUGGAGAGACCAUCCUAAUUUUCGUUAUGGGAAUGAAACAAGAACCAGUAUUCAAAAUUUGGAGAAUCAAAUGAGUCAGAUGGCUACUGCAAUCAGCAGGCUGGAAGCCCAAAAUUCAAGUAAACUGUCAUCACAAACUGUGGUGAACCCAAAGGAGAAUGCUAGCGCCAUAGUGCUGAGAAGUGGAAAAGAGUUGGAGAUGCCAAUUAAAGAACCACCUGUACCACUUGUACCAACACAACAAGCGGAAAACAAAGAAGAAGCGGUAGUAGAAAAGAAUCCUUCCAAAAAGGUAGCGACAGGUAAAUAUCCUUCUUUCAGCGAAUACAGACCUGUUCCUCCUUUUCCUGAAGCUUUAAAACUGAAGUGCGAAAGCAAUGCGGAUUUAUAUGAGACCUUUCGAAAGUGUGAAGUCAAUAUCCCACUGUUUGAUGCAAUAAAACAAGUGCCUCGCUAUGCUAAAUUUUUGAAAGAGCUGUGUACAUUGAAAAGAAAGCAAAAACUCAAAAGGUAUGAAAAAAUAAAGGUAGGAGAAAAUGUUUCAGCCAUAAUUCGAAAGAGUCUUCCUGAAAAAUGCAAAGAUCCAGGUAUGUUUUGUAUCCCUUGCACCAUAGGAGGAACAAAAAUUGAAAAAGCCAUGUUAGAUUUAGGAGCAUCUAUUAAUGUAAUGCCAUAUUCCAUUUAUUCUACUCUUAAUCUGGGUCCUUUAGAACAAACUGGUGUAGUUAUUCAGUUGGCCGAUAGAUCGAAUACAUAUCCGAAAGGAUUAAUUGAAGAUGUUCUUGUUCAGGUUAAUGAUAAAUUAAUUUUUCCAGCUGAUUUUUAUAUUCUUGACAUGGAAAAUAAUGACCAAUCUGCACCUAUUUUGUUGGGAAGACCUUUUCUGAAAACAACUAAAACGAAAAUUGAUGUUCAUAAAGGCACACUGACCAUGAAGUUUGAUGGUGAAGCUGUCCAAUUUAAUAUUUAUGAUGUUAUGAAAUAUCCUGAUAUGGAUUUUCCUGUGUAUUCAGUUGAUUUAAUUGAUUCUCUUGCGCAGGAAAUUUUUGAUGAUGAAGAUGAAGAGCUGAAAAAUACAGAUAAUUUAUCUUAUAUUGAGUUGCCAGUGCCUAACGAAAAAUUGAUACCUUCUGUUUUGCAAGCACCAGAGCUGGAGCUGAAACCUCUUCCAAAUCACCUAAAAUAUGUGUACCUUGGAGAUGGGGAGACCUUACCAGUGAUUAUUUCUAGCAAGUUAAUUAAGCAAAAAGAGGAAAAAUUGGUACAGAUUCUGAAGAAGCAUAAAACAGCCAUAGGAUGGACCAUUACCGACAUAAAAGGAAUCAGCCCCUCUACUUGCAUGCAUCGAAUUCAUCUUGAAGAGGGAGCUAAACCAAUUCGAUAG